CGCUUAGCUGACGAAGGGAGCUGACAAAAGCCAUCACAUAGAAGGCGCAUGAGAAGGUCUGAACCGGCGCGGGCAGCCCACACAGCAGGUCCGAGUGGAGGCGAUGAAUCCCGUCGAGAGUCUUGAGUCCAACAAGUUCUCGGACCUCAUCAGCGCCAGUCAGCAGGAGGGGGUGCUGGCCGAGUCGGCAGAGGUACGCACACACACACACACACACACACACAAGCAACAAACAGGGCUGGCUUGAUCCCCUCUCUCUUUGUGUGUCUGUAUGGAUCAUGGAUCAGACGGCAGCGGAGCUCCACUCCUUCCGGCCGACAGCCUCUGCCCACGCCAUGUCCCACUCACUGGCAGGCGCGUCAGGCGCCCUCAUCGCCAUGGCCCUCGUGUACCCCCUCGACAACCUGAGAACGCGCUUCCAGGUCUCCCGGCGGGACACCCACACGGAUAUCUUGUCGGCCCUGCAGGAGAUCCUGAGGCGGGAGGGGUGGUCGGGGAUAUACGCUGGGCUGCGGAGUGCGCUCAUCGGUGUGGGGGCGUCGUGGGCGGUGUACUACUACUUCUAUGCGCUGUUCAAGACCUACUUCGGCCAGAAGUGAGCGUGAGAAAAAGCGUGGAGUGGCCGGCGCGUUGUGAUUGUGUGUGUGUGUGUGUGUGUGUGUGCGUGCGUGCAGGUCACAUUUCGGCGGCACGACGGCGUUGACGAAUCUUGGUGUGGGUCUGAGUGCAGGGGUCAUAUCCGCCAUCGCAACCAACCCCAGUGAGCAUCCACACACACUGCACUCACUAUACCUAUACAAUCAACGCGCUUCUCUCUCUCUGUGUGUGUGUGGUGUGUGCGUGUCAGUAUGGGUGGUGAACACGCGGCUGAAGCUGCGGCAAACCAACUCGGGCACACAGGUGACACAAGAGCACACAAUGCAUUCACAGCAGAUCGGGCGACGUGGCACAUGUAGAUGUGUGUCACCUCCCUCUCUGUGUGUCUGUGUGUCACCUCCCUCUCUGUGUGUCUGUGUGUCCACGACAAUGCAGCAGGACUUCUUCAAGGGCAUGUUAGCGCUGGCGCGGGAGGAGGGCCUGCAGGGCCUCCUCUCCGGUGUGGUGCCCUCGCUGAUCCUGGUGACCAACCCCGCCAUCCAAUUCGCUGUCUAUGAGAAACUCAAACAGCUGCUGCUACAGGCACAGGUGGGUACCUGACCUGCCUAGGGGGGUGUCCACGACAUCUCUCUGUCUGUCUGUCUGUCUGUCGCAUGUUGGUGUGUGCAUCUCUCUGUGUGGUGUGUGUCGAUGGUUGGCUGUGUGCAGCAAGGUAGGGAUGGGGACAGGCUGGAGGGUCGGCUGCUCUUCCCGCCGCCCAAGAAGGAGCCCUAUGGACAGCAGAGAUCGCAGCUCACGGCGCUGGAGUUCUUCCUCAUCGGUCACUCAGCCAUCGCCUCGCCGAUGUGUCUUGUGUCGGUGGUGCACUGUGGUGUGUGUGUGUGCAGGUGCCGUCGCAAAGCUGAUUGCUACGGUGGUGACCUACCCCUACCAGGUGGUCAAGUCCCGGCUGCAGGCGAAGCAGUCCAAGUCGGCAAGAUAUGCUGGUAGGUGCACAUGGGGAGAGGGAGGGGGAGAGGAGAAUACCCACAAGCACUUGUGUGUGUGCCGGCGAUGGGAUGGAUGUGUGAUAGGUGUGGUGGACUGCAUAGUGCGGAUACUGGACGAGGAGGGCGUGGGGGGCAUGUUCAGAGGCCUCCAGUCCAAACUCGUCGCUACCAUACUCACCUCCGCCAUCAUGUUCAUGUGAGUGAGCCCCACACACAGAGAUACAGACAGGGAGGGAGGGAGGGAGAAAUGGCGCCAAUCUCUCUUGUGUCUUGCAGGUCCUACGAGAAGCUGCUGAUCAUGGCCUUGGGUGUGCAGAAGAAGCUGUACAAGCAGAAGGCGAUGAAGAAGGCGGCCGCCCUCAGCCCGUCAGCAGCCGUUCCCCCGGCGUCACACAACCCGCACCCACGGCCAGGAUCCAAUAAGCCACAGACGCGAUGAAUGAUUGAUUGAUUCGUUGCCUGCCUGCGUGGUUGGUUGGUUCUACAGACGCAUCCUGUCUUUCUGGGAUGCAUGGAUGGAUGGGACGGUUUUGGUUUAUAUCCCCUCUCUCUUUCUCUCUCUCUCCCUCUCUCUCCUUCUGUAAAACUCCCGCCGUAUUUGUGUAUACAAAAACCAAUGGGAACAGACUCUAUGAAUGUUUGUGGCUGUCUGUGUCGGUUCUUUUGUUGGAUUUUUGGGUGGGUUGGCUGGUGGGACAAACAUGAUGGAUAGAUAGAUGUGUACGCGUGUAUAGUAGAGACAGACAGACAGGCUGGUUGGAAAGACGGACAGCCAGCCAUUCCAUUGGGCCGUCGCUCUACUCUACCCCCCUAAACCCCCCCUCCCACCUCUCUCUCCCUCCGUGUCUCUCUGUAUACAUCUCUCGCUCUCCUUCUCGGACCGUCAGCUGCCGUGCCUUGUCUGUCUCAUGUCAGUGGACAGGGGACAAUGAAUGUGACACAAUGCGCGACGCAUUUACCUCUACGCACACACACCUUGCGAAUGAUUUCACGAGAUCGACAAGUGCCGUCGAG